CUUCGCGUAGCAUCAAGCCUCUUACCUGUUUCACGCAGCCUCUCGCUCGCUUUGCCGAAUGGCACUCGUGAAUGUGCCUGAGAUCACGACAUCACUUCUGUGCUGCAUUCGUGGUUGGCCUUUGACAAUUGGCCUUGCGAAUACAUUCCCUGCAUGGGACAGCUGUGUAGCUUUGGUGCAUCAUGUGGUGCAUGGCCAAUCUGAAUGUCCCAACGUCAACCGCGUUCUCCUUGUAAAGUGGAGCACCUCUGCCCAAGUUGAACAGACCGCCCAUUUCUACGCCUCAUGUCGCCCUUAUAACGGUCGCGGAGCCAAGUAGACUUGAAAGCGCCCGAUGGAUGCCCAUGUCACUCUUGAGUGUUG